AUGUCUGAACCAACAUAUGACAGCCGGGAGCCUAUCGCCAUUGUAGGCUUCGCAUGCCGCCUCCCCGGUGGUAACUACUCACCCCCACAGUUCUGGGAGUUUUUGAAACGAGGCGAGAUCGCGUACAACAAGGUGCCCGAGUCGAGGUUCAACCAUGCGGCUCACUACGACGGGUCUCUGAAGCCGAGGACGAUGCGCCAGCCGGGUGGCAUGUUCCUCAAAGACAUUGAUCUGGCAGACUUUGACGCUAAAUUCUUUGAGCUGUCGGCGACCGAGGCCACGGCCAUGGAUCCCGCGCAGCGGCAGAUGCUCGAAGUGGUCUACGAGGGCUUGGAGAACGCGGGCAUCCCGCUGGACAAGGUGAAUGGCCAAUCCGUCGGCUGCUACGUCGGGAAUUACGCCUCGGACUAUGGCGACAUGGGUGCCCGAGACCCGGAAGACCGGUCACCAGGACACGGGUUGGGGAUCGCGCGCACCAUUCUCGCCAACCGCAUAAGUCACUUCCUCAACAUCCACGGACCCAGCGUCACACUCGAUACGGCUUGCUCCAGCAGCUUGGUCGGCCUAGAUCUGGCCUGCCAGGCUCUGCGGGCGCGCUCGAUCGACACGGGCAUUGUGGCCGCUGCCAACGUCUAUAUGAGCCCGGAGCACCUAAUCGAUGCCGGCGGCGUCGGGGGAGCACACUCGCUCACGGCCUUGUGCCACACGUUCGAUGCCGCGGCCGACGGCUACGUCAAGGCCGAGGCGGUAAACACCGUCAUUAUUAAGAGGCUGUCGGAUGCCGUUCGCGAUAGGGAUCCCAUCCGUGCCGUGGUGCUCGGUACGUCCUCGAACCAUAACGGAAGGACGAUGGGCAUCGCCAGCCCAAGCGCGGACGCUCAGGCGAUGGCCAUUCGGGCCGCCUACGCCAAUGCUGGCAUCACCGACUUCAACAAAACAGCCUUUUUCGAGUUCCACGGAACAGCAACCCAAGCAGGCGACGCCGCCGAGAGUCAGGGAGCCGCGUCCGUAUUCUCGGCGAGCCGUUCUGCCGAGAAUCCACUCAUCAUUGGAUCUGUCAAGAGCAACGUCGGCCACUCGGAGCCGGCCGCCGGCUUGACGGGUCUAAUGAAGGCGGUCCUCGCCAUCGAGAACGGCGUCAUUCCAGGCAAUCCCACGUUCAUCAACCCCAGCCCCAAGAUUGACUUUGUUGGGAACAAGAUGAAGGCCACGAGAACGUUAAUCCCGUGGCCCACCGAUGCUCUACGGAGAGCCUCUGUCAACUCUUUUGGCAUCGGUGGCUCCAACGCGCAUGCUAUAGUCGAGGCGGCCAGGGCAGAGGAUUGUUCGAACCACGUAUACUCAUACCGCGACAAGGACGGAGACUUUACGCUGGACGACGACGACGACGACGACGACAAAGCGAAACAGACGUAUACCCUCGUCUUGUCGGCAAACGAUAGCGCCAGCCUCGCUGCAAACAUCCGAGCCUUCUGCGCCCAUCUCAUCAACCCCAACGUCAAGGUCGAUCUCGCGGACUUGGCGUAUACGCUAUCCGAGCGCCGUUCGCGAUUGUUCCACCGAGCCUUUGUAUCCACCAAAACGACAGAUAUUUACGAGAACCUCUUCACCACGGCCAAGAAGAGCCCCAAGACACCCAAGGUUGGGUUUCUGUUUACCGGCCAAGGAGCCCAGUGGCCUCGAAUGGGUAAGGCUCUGGUGGAUGCUGUUCCGUGGAUCCGUACCACGCUGGAAGACAUGGACAAGAUUCUUCAGUCCCUUCCCAACCCGCCCGAGUGGUCUCUCGUAUCCGAGCUGAUGGAACCCCGCUCCGCCGAACAUGUGCGCCAGCCGGACAUGGCGCAGCCGCUCGUAGCUGCGCUUCAAAUGUGUCUCGUGGAUGUCCUCAGGUCCUGGGGAAUCAAGCCGAGCUCUGUCCUCGGCCAUUCAUCCGGAGAAGGCGCCGCUGCCUAUGCUGCCGGCUGGAUGUCGCGCAGCGAUUGCAUCAAGUGCGCCUUCUAUCGCGGCCAGGCGGCGAAGAACAUCAGCGACCAGAUGGAGCGAGACGUUGGCAUGCUCGCCCUCGGUCUCGGCGCCGAGGCGGCGGCACCAUUCCUGGAGAAGCAUCGCGGCGAUGCGUUUAUCGCAUGCUACAACAGCCCCAGCAGUCUCACCAUCUCAGGCAGGCUCUCCGCGCUCGAUAGUAUCAGCGAGGAGGUCAAGGCAGCGGGAUACUUCGCGAGGGCCUUGUUGGUCGACAUGGCUUAUCAUACCCCGUUCAUGGCCGCCGCCGCCGAAGGGUAUCAGAAGCUCCUCGACAAGGACCAGGAAUUCGGGCGUGAAGACGGCUCUCAGUCCGGCAUCGCAAUGUUCUCCUCGGUCACCGGUCUGAAGAACGAGAUGACGACAGGGUCGACGUACUGGAAGAACAACAUGAUCUCUCCCGUCCGUUUUGACGCCGCGCUGGAGGAGAUGCUCAAGCAAGACUCUCCGGAUAUGCUGAUCGAGAUCGGCCCAGCCGGUGCUCUGGCCGGUCCCGUUUCGCAGCUACUCAAGUCCCUGGCCAACGCCGGGAACGUAUCGUACUGCACCGCUUGGAGUCGUGGUGCCAACGCCAGCAAGUCGUUAUUCGACGUCGCCGGCCAUCUCUUCGCUACAGGUGGCGACGUCGACCUGGCCCUCGUCAACCGGUACAACGACAAGAAGGUACGCACAGUCGUCGACCUACCCAACUACACGUGGAACCACGACGUCAAGUACUGGCACGAAAGCGCCGCCAGCAAGGACUGGCGGUUCAGAAAGUUCCCCGUCCACGACCUCCUGGGUAGCAAAGUGCUCGGCGCUCCCUGGCACACUCCCGUCUGGCGCAACCGCCUCAACGCUAGCAAUGUGCCGUGGAUCAUGCAGCACAAGAUGGGGGGCGAUGCCAUUAUGCCCGCGGCCGGCUACCUGACAAUAGCCGUAGAGGCCCUCUUCCAGAAAUUACGAGCUAUCGACCCCAAGGAGUGUCCUGCGACCCCCAACGAGCUCUGCUACUGUUUCCGCAACGUGCGCUUCCAGCGGGCCAUGGUGGUCGAGGAGGACAAGGACGUUCGCAUGAUGGUGACGCUGAACAAGGUCCCCGGCAGCGAUGACUGGCACGAGUUCCGCAUCUCGUCUACCUCGGAGGAGGACGUGACGGCGGAACACUGUUUCGGACUAGUCCGAACCCAAGACGCCGUCGACGAUGUCGCGCAGAACCUCACACCCCCCAAGUCCACCGCACCGGUGGAGCGCUGGUACAAGGCCACCCGGGAUAUCGGCAUGGGCUUUGGGCCCGUCUUCAAGCGAAUGCUCCAAGUCGAAUCCACCAGCGGCGUGCGUGCGUGUCGGGUGCUGCUCACGAUGGAGCCACCGGCCUCGGCGUACUCGCCUCAGUCUUACUACCCAGUCCAUCCGGCUGCUCUGGACGGCUGCUUCCAGACGCCCAUCCCGGCAAAUAUGGAGGGAGAGAUCGUCAACGUCCGGGAUGUCAUGAUUCCCACAAUCGUAGACGAGGUCGUCAUUAACAAGGUGCCGAAGCAACUCAACAAUGCCCUUGCCGAGGCAACAUCAGUCUACUCGGGACGAGGCCGACCAGACCAAGACAAGAGCUGGGUUGCUAGCAGCUCUGUUGUCGAUUCCCAGAGCGGUGCGUUGAUGGUUCGCAUCACAGGUCUUCACUAUAUCAAGCUAGACGUGCCUCCGACUCCGGAUCCCCACGUCUUUGACCAAGUCACUUGGGUUCCGGAUGUCUCCCUUCUGACGCAGGACCAGUUGCUGCAUCUUGACCCGGCCACGUCGGGCGAUCGACUCAACAGGAUAAUCGACCUCGUGGCUUACAAGAAGCCUGCCCUGAGAGUCUUGGAAGUCCAUCUCGACGAAGAAGACACUUCGUGCCUGUGGUUUGAUGCAGAAAACGCGGCCUACAGACAAGCUUACGCCCGGUACGACUUUGUUGCGUCAAGCAGCAAGCCUCUGGCAAGCGUUUCCGCCAAGCACGAGGGCAAGGAAGACAGCGGCUUCUCCCUCAUGCGCUUGGAGGAACAGGACCUCGGCCUCGAGUCUCCGGAGCCCUACGACCUGGCCUUGGUCAAGCUUUCAAAGACGUCUGUGGCGGAUGAUGUCUUGCGCAUCGUUCUGCCCCUUUUGUCGACCGACGCCUGCACGCUUGUGGUGCGUGGAAGUGAGGAGAACCAGGCGGUCGCGGAGCAGGCUGAGAUCACAGACGAGUCCGAGGAAUUUGAGCAUGUCACCAGCUCCGCAACCUCACAGACGGGGUCGGCGGCUACGCCUUUGCGAUCUUCCGGGUCGGACGACGGAAAAGGGUCCAGCUCCAUCGACUCGGCCAUCCUGGACCAUGAAGCCCUCAAGAUCGACAGCACCGCGGCUUCCAUCGAGCUCGGGGACAUGACUCAAGAUGGACGCUCUGCCUAUCUCUUGUCGUCGAUCGGGUCCUUCCUGGGCAACAAGUCCACCACACCGCGGACAAUCGUGGUCCCUCGCCUGAGCGGUGGCGGCGAUUCGGCUCUGACGGCCUCGCUUCGGUCAAGCCUCGAAUCGGCAGGAUGGCUCGUAGAGGAGCGUACAGCUCCGUUUCAACCGCUCGCAAAAGACGAAAUUGCUCUGGUGCUGGACGAACUGACGAGCCCGCUACUUCGACACGCCAAUCAAGACCAGUGGGAUGCCAUCAAGGCUCUGGUUAGCUCCGGCAACCCGGUCCUCUGGGUCACCAAGGGAGCGCAGUCGUCUGCUACCGACCCCGAUCACGCCCUCGUGUACGGUUUAUUCCGCGUGGCUCGUCGAGAAGACCAGGGCGCCAACCUUACCAUCCUCGACGUGCAGUCCAGCACGGGUCACGGGAUGGAGGCCGCCCUGGACAAGGUGCUCCGGCUGCUGGCCCAAGGAGCGAUGACGGAGAGUGAGGUGAUGGAGCGCGAAGGCAUCCUGCACAUCCAAAGGGUCGUCCCGGAUGUGCUAGUCAACGAGUUCAAACGCGCAGAGACGGAAGGCAUGCCGGUCGUCUCAAAGUCUUUCCACGGCAACGAGGUACAGGUCCAGCUCAGGGCCGAGCGACUGGGAACCCUCGAGGGCUUGACCUGGUGCGAGACGGAAUCACAAGAGCCUUCCAUUCUGGAGGAUCACAUUGAGGUAGAGAUCAUGGCUGUCGGUGUCAACUUCAAGGACGUCGCCGUCACCAUGGGCGUCGUGCCUGACAACGAAUACAGCCUCGGCUACGAGUGCGCCGGUGUCGUCCGGCGACUCGGCCCGGCGGUCAAGAAGUUCCGCGUCGGCGAUCGUGUUUGCAUGCUGAAGCAGGGAAGCCAUGCGAACCGCAUCCGCGUCCACAUCGAUCGCUGCCACGUCAUCCCUGAGACGAUGAGUUACGAGGAUGCCGCAACCAUUCCGUGUGUGUACUUGACGUCUCUUUACGCCUUGUAUCACUUGGCAAGCUUGCAAGAGGGCCAGUCUGUCCUCAUCCACUCGGCAACAGGAGGCAUCGGCAUCGCCUGUAUCGAGCUCGCCCGACAUAAACAGGCCGAGAUCUACGUGACCGUAGGUACAGAAGAGAAGCGCCAGUUCUUGGAAAGGGAGUACGGCAUCCCGAGGAGCCGCAUGUUCUCCUCUCGUAGCACAAAAUUUGCAGGCGAAAUUAUGCAAGAGACCAACGGCCGCGGCGUCGAUGUUAUUGUCAACUCUCUGAUCGGAGAAUUACUCGAUGCCUCUUGGAGAAUUCUCGCGGAUGGCGGCAUAAUGGUUGAGAUCGGCAAGAGGGAUAUCGUCAACCGUAACACCCUUGCUAUGGAGCCCUUUGACAGAAACUGUUCGUUCCGCGCUGUCGACCUCUCCUACACGAAGCACUUCAACGAACCGAUAGUAGCAAGGCUUUUGACUGAGCUCUUCAUUCUCAUCAAUGCUGGCCACAUCAGACCGAUCCACCCAGUCACCACCUACGCCUUUGAAGAUGUGCCCGCGGCCCUGGCCUAUAUACGGACGGGACGUCAUCUUGGAAAGAUUGUCAUCACGAACAAGUACGACAAGGAGAUCUUGGUGCCCACGCGCCCCGCCGUCAGGCCGCUGAAGCUAUCCCCAGACGUCUCCUACCUCAUCGUGGGCGGUUUGAAGGGCCUCUGCAGCACGUUGGCUGUGCAUAUGGCGCAGCACGGCGCUCGGCACAUUGUCGUCAGUAACCGCAGCGGCAUCAGCGACGAGGUGUCAGCCAAGGUUGUGCGGGACUGCAUGUCGUACGGAUGCCGGGUGACGGAGGCCAAGGGAGACAUUGGAAACGCCGAGUUCGUGAGAAGAUUGGUGCAAAAUACCUUCCCAAGACUGGGCGGAAUCGUUCAAGGAGCCAUGGCGCUUAAUGAUACGAGCUACGAGUCCAUGACCAAGGACCAGUACCGUGAUACCAUCUACGCCAAGGUCGAGGGCACCUGGAACCUGCACAAUGCGACCCAGGAGCUGUUGAAGCAGCCCCUCGACUUCUUCACCAUGCUCUCCAGUACCUCGGGUGUUGCAGGUCGGGUUGGCCAGGCCAACUACGCAGCCGCCAACACGUUCCUCGAUGCCUUUGCUAGCUGGCGACAGCGCCAGGGCCUGUGCGGCAACUCGGUCAACCUCGGACUCAUCGAGGACAUUGGGUACGUGGCAGAAGACGAGACGGGACUGGACGCCAAGAUCAACAGAGCCCAUUGGGUCCCCAUCUAUGAAGGGAUGCUGCGCCGCAUCUUUACCUACUCGGUCUUCCAGCAGGACCGGCACUCUCCGCUCAAUAAGGAGAGCAGCGCUCAGCUCGUGACGGGCAUCGCGUACCCCUACCCGCAGGACGGGUCCGACACGUCGCUCAACCCUCGCUUCAGCCACUUGUGCUCCUCCCGUGGCGCCGACCGCAAAGGCGCCUCGGACGGCGGCGAUGGCGGCGACGAUAUCGAUCAGGGCGUUCGGAAUCUGCUGUCGCUGAACAAGUCGGGCGUAGACAUUGCGACCUUGACCAAGGCGUGUACAGACGUCAUUUGUUUGCAAUUUGCACGCAUCUUGCGACUAGGUGACGCCGUCGAGCCCGGCAAGUCGCCCAUGUCGUACGGGCUCGAUUCGCUGUCGGGCGUCGAGCUGCGCAACUGGGUGCGAAACAAGCUCGAUGUUACGCUGAGUACGCUGGACAUUGUCAAUGCUACAUCCAUUCUGGCCCUGGUUGAGAAGAUUGUGGCCAAGAUGCUGGAGUAG